UCCAGAUCCCUCUCUCCUCUCGCACUCCUCCUCGAUCCGACUAAACCAAAAAAGGCUUCGCACGCACGCUAGAGACCAAAACAUUUCCCCGAAUUCCGAUCCCCCUCACGCGAUCUCCCCCCACCUCGUCUCCACUCCUGUCACUACCCGGGGAUCGGGGCCGGGCUGGGUUGGAUCCGGAGCGAAUCCCGCGGGCUCGUCGUCUUCCCCGCGAGCGCGCGCGCAGGCGGAGGUGAUGCGCUGCUCGAACUGCUGCUGCUGCUGCUGCUGCUAGCCGCGUCCGAUCGGGGGCGAUGAACAUCGUGAAGGGCGUCGCUGAUCUCCUCCGCAAGUCGUCGCCCUCCUCGCCGGCCUCCGGCGGUGGCGGCGCCGGUGCCGGUGGAGGUAGCCCCGGCGGAGGCGGGGGCGGCACCGGCUCCCCCUCCGCCGACAAGUUCGCCGCCGCGCCCUCCCCCAGAGUCCGCUUCAGUGACACUGGUGAGGAAGGAAUCUUAAACACACUCUGGCAGAGGUACGAGAAUGCCAUCGACAAGGCUGAAAAGAAGAAGUCCCUGCAAAUAUUUGUCCUGCAUUUUAUACAAGCAUUUAAAGACUGGGAGCCACACCGUAUUGAUCAAUCAGUUGACCGGAGAUCAGUAUCAGAUGAUACAGUUAUAGGAUGUUCUGGUGGGCAUCCUUCUGAGGUCAUCCUUAUUCUCGUUCAGGAGAUUUCUCAUUUAACUUCAUUUGUUACUGAGAGCAGCAGCUGUCCAGAAUCCUCGGCUAAUCUCUCAGAGCAAUCCACAGACCUGGGAUUAAGCACUGAAGUAUUGCCUGUUUUGGAGUGUUUCACCAUUGUUACUCGCUCAGUGCAUAACUGUAGAGUAUUUAGUUAUUAUGGAGGUGUGCAAAAGGUUACUGCUCUUUUGAAAGCCGCAGUUGUAAAGCUCAAGACCUUGACAAGUUUGCUUGCCACAGAUGAACAACUGUCAAAUAGAACUGUAGAAAAUAUGAGGAUGAUGCAAAAGAUUCUUGUACACAUUGUUACGAUAAUUUCAAACUUCAUGGAUUUGGAGCCAGCUGCAACAAGAAUUUCACGGGUUGUCAAUAGCACUGAUCAUACCCCAUCAAACAACUUAGCCACAGUUACUCCCAAUGCUAUAAGAAGAUUUGUUUCUGAUAGAAAUUGGCAGCAAAAAGCCAUUGUUUCAGUUAUGGAAGCUGGCGGAGUCAAUUGGUUAGUAGAACUCUUAAGGGUCAUUCGAAGACUAAAUUUGAAAGAUCAGUGGACUGACUUGUCACUUCACUUUAUAACUUUGUAUGCUCUGAGAUCAACAAUAUCUGAGAAUACUCGUGCACAGAAUCAUUUCAGAAGCAUCGGAGGACUGGAGGUUCUAUUGGAUGGACUGGGACUACCAUCAAGCAAAUUUUCAGUCUCAAAGCAUUCUUUUGUCCCCAGUGAUGAAAGGAGUGACAUUCUGCAGCUCCAGAUACUAUCUUUGGAAAUUCUGAGGGAAGCGGUUUUCGGUAAUGUUAACAAUUUGCAGUUCCUAUGUGAAAAUGGACGGAUACAUAAAUUUGCGAACAGCAUCUGUUGGCCCGCAUUUAUGUUUCAGGAGUUUCAUCAGCAGAAAUUUCUUGAUCCCGAGGUGCCCAACUGGAAACUUGAUAGACAAAGUACCGGGAAUUCACCUACAUUAGAAUCAUUCCCAAGUCCUGUUGAUAUUCUUAAUACGACCGAAUGGAAUGAGUAUUCUGUAAAGUUAAGCAAGGCACUUUGUUCUUUCCUUCUUCCUCCUAAUGAGAUCAGGUACUGUCCUGGUUCAACUGUUACCAAAAUUUCUCUACCCAUCUCGUUGGCAUACUGGGAGCAAUGUGCAAGGUGGAUCAUAAAGAUUCUUUCAACUGUUUUCCCAUGCAUCAAAGCAUGUGCUAGUGAAACGGAAUUGCCUAACCAUAUAAGGAUUUUAUCAAAUAUCCUACAACAUUACAUGCUCAGCACAUUUAAGAAAGUUCUCAUUUCAGCACCAGUUCUACUCAAAUCUUUUCGAGAGGAGGGUUUGUGGGAUCUGAUAUUCUCAGAGAAAAUUUUCUAUUUCGGAUCAUCCCUGGAGUGCAUUCAUCAGAUUGUUGGUGAGACUGAGACACAAACUGAUCAUUUCACUGACGCUGCCGAAUCAACUGGCUACAAAAGUAAUCUACCUGAUGUCAACAUCCUUCAGUCAGAAGCUAUUUCCUUCUUGGAGUUUGCUGCAACACUGAAUGAAAACACAAAUAACCUGCCAGAAUGCUCAGCAUUGUUAAGUGCACUGGAACACUGCACUAAUGGUCCUGGAUUGGUUGUUACCAUUCUUAAGAGCUUUCAUGUUAUCCUGAAACUUGCCACUGAGCAAACUCUAGUUUCUUUCAAGUCAUUGGACGUGCUUACCAGAGUCCUGAAGGUUGCAUGCCUUCAAGCACAAGAACUAAGGAAGGCACAUCCAAGCGAUGACUUCAGGGGAAAUGGUUCUCAAUCAAACAAUGUUCAGAUGGAUUCUCUAGAUGAGAGAAUUAAGAAUGCUCUUACAUGUGUCGAAUUGGCUUUCAACCUUUUCAAGGAAUAUGUCACAAUAUCUGACCUUGGAAGGAUGAUAAUUUUACAUAAUGCCAAUUGUAUUGGGUGCCUAUUUGAUUUAUUCCAAGAAGAGAACCUCCGGAAACAUGUACUGGAGCAAGUUCUUGCCUUAUAUAGGUUGCCUCCAUCAUCAGCACAAGAUCAUACAGCAAAGUUGCAACUAUGCUCCAAAUAUUUAGAGACCUUCACUCGUGCAAAAGAGCAUGAAAAGAACUUUGCAGAAAUGUCGAUUGAUUUAUUAGUUACCUUGAGAGAGAUCAUUUUGAUAGAUCGCGCGUAUUACCAAAAUCUGUUUCGCAAUGGGGAGUGCUUCCUGCAUAUAGUCUCUUUAUUGAAUGGAACUUUUGAUGAAGCAGUUGGGGAGCAAUUGGUCCUUAAUGUCCUUCAGACGUUGACCUCAUUACUUGCUGAAAAUGAUGAAUCCAAGGCUGCUUUUAGAAUGUUGGUUGGUGUGGGCUACCAAACACUGCAAAGCUUGCUAUUGGACUUCUGUAAAUGGCUGCCAAGUCGGAAACUCUUGGAUGCCCUACUUGGUAUGCUUGUCGAUGGGACUUUUGAGAUAAAUGAAAAGACAACAAUAAAGAAUGAAGAUGUAAUUAUACUUUUCUUAAAUGUUCUACAAAAGAGCAGUACUUCGCUUCAACAUUAUGGGCUUGUGGUCUUACAGCAAUUGCUCAAAGGGUCCAUUACAAAUAGAACUUAUUGUUUCAAAGCAGGAUUACUUAGCUUUCUUCUUGACUGGUUUUCUGUUGAGGAAUGGGAGGACACAGUUAUAAAAAUUGCAGAGUUAAUUCAGAUUAUUGGAGGACAUAGUAUUUCCGGGAAAGAUAUCCGGAAAAUGUUUGCUCUCUUGCGUGGUGAGAAAAUUAGUGUCAAGCAGAAGCAUAGCUCAUUGCUUUUGACAAGUCUUAGUCAUAUGCUCAAGGAAAAGGGACCUGAAGCUUUCUUUGAGUUCAGUGGUCAUGAUUCUGGUAUUGAAGUAAAAUCACCUGUUCAAUGGCCUUACAGUAAAGGUUUAUCUUUCUGCUGUUGGCUUAGAGUGGAAAGCUUCCCUGAGAAUGGUAUGAUGGGCCUUUUCUCCUUUUUCACGGAAAAUGGAAAAGGAUGUUUAGCUAUGCUUGGGAAAAAUACUCUAGUCUAUGAGUCUGUCAGUCAAAAGAAUCAGUGUGUUUUGUUGCCUUUAAGCCUCCCAACGAAGCAAUGGAAAUUCCUUUCUGUUACUCAUACAGUAGGGAGAGCUUUUUCUGGAGGAAGCCAGCUGAGAUGCUAUGUAGAUGGCGAUUUAGUAUCAACUGAGAAAUGCAGGUAUGCAAAAGUCAAUGAAGUGAUGACUCGCUGCAGUCUUGGAACAGAAUUAAUGCCCAUUGGUGAAGAACCAACUUCUCUUGGUUUUGAGGGCACUUUUGCUUUUACUGGUCAAAUGGGCCCAGUUUAUGCAUUUUCUGAUGCUCUCUCUGCCGAACAAAUAAGAGGCAUAUACAAUCUUGGACCAAGUUACAUGUACUCUUUCCUUGGUGAUCAAAACUUGCUUAUGAAUAAUGACUCACUUUACAAGGGAAUUUUGGAUGCAAGGGAUGGUAUUUCAUCGAAGAUGAUUUUUGGCUUGAACGCACAGGCUAGCAAUAAUAGGACUUUGUUCAAUGUGUCUUCUGUACUUGAUAGUCUUGACAAGAGCAAGCUUGAGGCAACCAUCAUGGGUGGUACAAAGUUAUGCUCGAGGCGCUUGCUGCAGGACAUAAUUUAUUGCGUUGGAGGUGUCUCUGUGUUGUUUCCUCUUCUGAUACAUUUUGAUGAUGCCAUCACUCAUAGUGGAGAAUCUCCCACUGGUGAUCAGUUGGCAGGUCAAGUCAUUGAGCUUGUUGCAUCUGUUCUGGAUGGAAAUGUAGCAAAUCAGCAACAGAUGCAUCUUCUUUCUGGAUUCUCUAUUUUGGGCUUCUUGUUUCAAUCUGUUUCACCACAGCUGCUAAAUUUCAAGACUCUUUCAGCACUGAAGCACUUGUUUAAUAUUUUGACAAACAGUGGUAUGUCAGAAAUUCUAUUGAAAGAUGCUCUUCAACAAAUAUAUCUGAACCCGCAUAUCUGGGCAUAUUCAAGUUAUGAAGUACAAAGAGAACUUUAUCUGUUUCUGAUACAGUAUUUUGAAACUGACGGGAAAUUGUUACCAAUGUUAUGUGGACUCCCUAGGAUCAUUGAUAUUGUACGCCAGUUUUAUUCAGAAAAGUUAGAUGCUAGGUCUUCUAAGCCUUUGCUGCAUUUGAUUACUGAACAAGUGAUUGGAGAGAGACCACAUAUAGAAGAAAUUCGCAAGAUUCGUCUUCUCCUCUUGAGUCUGGCAGAAAUGAGCUUAAAGCUGAAGGUCUCUUCACAUGAUAUAAGAGCUCUUGUGUCCUUUUUCGAGAAAAGUCAAGAUGUUGCAUGUAUCGAGGAUGUACUUUACAUGAUUAUCCGUGCUCUUUCACAGAAUUCACUUCUAUCAUCUUUUCUGGAGCAAGUAAAUUCUGUUGGAGGUUGUUACAUUUUCAUCAAUCUUCUUAAGAGGGAAUUCGAACCAAUUCGUCUACUGGGUCUUCAACUUCUUGGAAAGCUUCUGGUUGGAGUUCCAUCUGAGAAAAAAGGACCAAAACUUUUUGGCCUUCCUGUAGGACGACCUAGAUCUAUGUCCGAAAAUAUACGGAAAGGAAUCGCAGCAACACCCCAACUGUUUUUCUAUUCAAUAUCUGAGAGACUUUUCAAAUUUCCACUUUCAGAUCAUUUAUGUGCUACUUUUUUUGAUGUUCUUCUUGGUGGAGCCAGCCCUAAGCAGGUCUUACAGAAACGGUCCCAAUCUAAUGAGCUAAAUGAUAGAAGCAGUACGUCAGUAGUGAGCUUGGCUCCUUUUUAUGUUCCUCAGAUUUUGGUCUGCAUUUUUAAAUAUAUGCACUCUUGCCAAGAUGCUUCAGCACGUGCAAAGAUCUUGAGUGAUCUUCUUGAUUUGCUUGAUUCAAACCCCUCAAAUGUUGAAGCCAUCAUGGAGUAUGGUUGGAGCUCUUGGCUUGAGACAUCUGUGAAGCUUGAUGUCUUCAGGGACUACAGACCAAUUUCGAAAGCUAAUUAUGCCAGUUUGGAGACCAAUGAGCUAAUUCUUGUGAGGAACAUGUAUUCAUUAGUCCUUUCUUAUUUUUUGUGCUACGUGAAAGGUGGCUGGCAUCAGCUGGAGGACACAACAAAUUUUCUUCUCUUAAAAAUUGAGGAGGGACAGUUAACAAAUUUCUGUCUGCUGCGAGACAUUUUUGAAGAUAUCAUUGGAAGCCUGCUCGAGACUUCUCCUGAUGAGGACAUAUUCAUUUCACAGCCAUGCCGUGAUAAUAUCUUGUACCUUUUGAAGCUGAGUGAUGAAUUGCUUGUUGAUCAAAUUGGAAUUAAGCUCCUGUUUCAUCCACCUGAUAUGUGUGCCUCUUCAUCCGAUGGCUCACAGAAAGAGGACAUUGGCUCUGCAUUUGUGGAAAUUAUAAAUGCUGAGAGCAAUAGCCAAUCUGCAAGUCUUCCUUGGAGUAGCAACAUAUUUACUGAUGGUGAAAAACUGAGCGAUGACUGGUGGAGCUUUUAUGACAAAAUCUGGACUCUUGUUUGGAACUUGAAUGGCAAGGGACAAAGCAGAUUGACACCAAAGGGUUCAAGUGCCUCUGUUCCAUCUAUUGGGCAAAGGGCACGUGGGUUGGUAGAAUCGCUAAAUAUCCCGGCUGCAGAAAUGGCUGCUGUAGUUGUAACUGGAGGCAUUGGUACGGCAUUAAGUGCAAAGACGAACAAAAUUACUGACAAAGCCAUGAUGCUACGAGGAGAAAGGUUCCCAAGAAUCAUCUUCCACCUUGUAAUUAUGUAUCUCUGCAAAGCUGGCUUAGAAAAUGCAUCCAAGUGUGUCCAGCAAUUUAUAACAAUGCUUCCUAAUCUUAUUUCCGAAGAAGAUCAAUGCAAAAACAGCCUGCAUUUCAUAAUUUGGUCUUUACUAAGGGUUAGAUCCCACUACGGGGAACUUGAUGAUGGUGCACGUUUCCAUGUUAUUUCACAUUUGAUUCUUGAGACUGUCAUAUAUGGAAAGUCCAUGCUAGCCACUAGCAUCUUGGGCAAAGAUGAUUCUGCUGAAGCAAAUAGCAAUAAAGAGUCCGGCUUCAUUCUUAAUCUUGUACAGAAGGAUCGUGUUCUUGCUGCGGCUUCUGAUGAAGUAAAAUACAUGAAGGACGCAAAGGCUGAUCGCCUGAGGCAACUCCAGGACCUAAAUUCUAAACUUGACGAGCGCUUGAUUGAAGAUAUAGAACAACUCCAAAGCUUGGAAGAUGAUAUACAGUUUGCAAAGACUGCCGCAAUUUCUGGGGAUGACAAUAGGAAAGCAGCUUUCAAGCUUGCAUUUGAUGAGGAUCAGCAAAUUGUUGCAGAUAAAUGGAUACAUAUUUUCCGCGCUUUGAGUGACGAAAGAGGACCAUGGUCUGCUAGUCCCUUUCCAAAUAAUUUGGUGACAUACUGGAAACAUGACAAGACAGAGGAUAAAUGGCGGCGGCGAAUGAAGCUGAAGCGUAAUUAUAAGUUUGAUGAACGCAUUUGUCAACCACUGUCCACCAAAUCUACUAAUGAAAAUACCGCCCCGUCUGUUGAUCCUUUCGUUAGUGCCAAGAUUCCAGAAAAAAUGAAGCGCUUCCUUCUGAAAGGAGUGCGUGGAAUCACAGGGGAUGUUGGUUCUGAAUCAUGCGAGGAUAACAAUGAUACAAGUGAGCCUUCCCAAAAUAAACCAUCAGAGAAUCAGGUGUCAAGUGAUGCUGCAAAUUCUGCAGACUCUUCAGAUUAUCCUACUAGUAGUGUGCAAAAUAGGAAAGAACAAUCAUCUACUGGUGGAGAUAAUGAUUAUGCUGAGGUGCUAUCUUCUGUUCACUGUGUUCUUGUUACACCAAAAAGAAAACUAGCUGGACAAUUUACUAUCACUCGAAAUGCCCUGCAUUUUUCUUUUGAGUUUUUGGUCGAAGGCACAGGGGGCUCAUCUGUUUUCAACAAGUUUCAAGAUAAUAAAGAAUCAGAUGCCAAGAGUGAGCUGGGAAGUGUGGAAAAGCUGAAGGGUAAUUCUGAUGUAGGACGAGGCAAUGAGGCUGGAUCUGGUGAUGCUCUGAUGAAAAGUCAGUCUAGCAAGAUAAAACACCAUAGAAGGUGGAAAAUAACCAGGAUAAGAGCAGUUUACUGGACACGUUACCUACUACAAUAUACUGCAACGGAGAUAUUUUUUGAUGAUGCAAAUGCACCUAUAUUUCUUAAUUUUUCCUCCCAAAAUGAUGCUAAAAAUGUUGGGUCUCUUUUAGUUUCCUUGAGGAAUGAUGCUUUGUUCCCCAAAGGAAGUACAAAAGACAAAAAUAGUGUAAUUUCGUUUGUUGACAGAAAAGUUGCCCUUGAAAUGGCUGAGAGUGCCAGGGAGAGUUGGAGAAAAAGGGAGAUCAGCAACUUUGAGUAUCUAAUGAUUCUGAAUACUCUUUCUGGACGAUCUUACAACGAUUUAACUCAAUACCCUAUAUUUCCUUGGAUAUUGGCUGACUAUUCAUCAGAAAAACUUGAUUUCAACAAGUCAUCUACUUUCAGGGACCUGUCAAAGCCAGUUGGUGCAUUGGAUGCAAAACGCUUUAAGGUUUUCGAAGAUAGAUAUCUUAAUUUCUGUGAUCCUGAUAUACCAAGCUUUUAUUAUGGAUCGCACUACUCUAGCAUGGGAAUUGUUCUUUACUACCUUCUAAGGCUCGAGCCUUUUACUGCUCUGCACCGCAAUCUUCAGGGUGGUAAAUUUGACCAUGCAGACCGUCUCUUUCAGAGCAUUGAAAGCACAUAUAGGAACUGCCUAUCAAAUACAAGUGAUGUCAAGGAGCUUACACCUGAAUUCUUUUACAUGCCUGAGUUUCUUGAAAAUUUGAAUUCAUAUCACUUUGGGGUAAAGCAGGACGGUGAACCUUUAGGCCAUGUAGGUCUCCCUCCAUGGGCAAAGGGUUCACCAGAAGAAUUCAUUCAUAUCAAUCGUGAGGCCCUUGAAAGUGAAUAUGUAAGCUCUAAUCUUCAUCACUGGAUUGACCUCAUAUUUGGUUAUAAGCAGCGUGGCAAGCCUGCCGUUGAGGCAGCAAAUAUAUUCUACUAUUUGACAUAUGAGGGUGCUGUUGAUUUGGAAAACAUGGAUGAUAUGUUGCAGAAGUCUGCUAUCGAAGACCAGAUUGCAAAUUUUGGACAGACACCCAUUCAAAUUUUUCGGAAGAAACACCCAAGAAGAGGACCUCCUAUACCAAUUGCGCACCCACUAUAUUUUGCUCCACAGUCGAUAACAGUGACUUCUGUUGUUCCUAGUGCAAUCAGCUCUUCAUCAUCUGUAUUGUUCAUUGGCUUGUUGGAUUCAAACAUUGUCUUGAUGGGCGAGGAGCUCAUACUGUCAGUAAAACUUUGGCUAACAACGCAAUUACAGUCUGGUGGAAACUUCACAUUUUCUGGAUCACUGGAGCCUUUCUUUGGAAUUGGUUCUGAUGUUAUUUCUCCCCGAAAAGUUGCCACUUCCUUGGCUGAAAAUGUUGAGUUCGGAAGACAAUGCCUGGCAGCUGUCCAAAUUCAUGGUGACAAUUAUUUAAUUUUAUGUGGUAAUUGGGAGAACAGUUUCCAGAUUAUUUCCCUUAGUGAUGGAAGAAUUGUGCAGAGCAUCCGACAGCAUAAAGAUGUUGUCAGCUGUGUUGCAGUUUCAUCUGAUGGAAGUGUAAUUGCAACUGGAAGUUAUGACACGACUAUUAUGAUUUGGCAUGCAUUCCGAGGAAGAUCAAAUGACAAAAGAUCAAAGAAUGCAAGUAAUGACCUAUCAACUAAGGACCAUGUUAUCAUCGAAAACCCUUCUCACAUCUUGUGUGGUCAUGAUGAUAUUAUCACAUGCUUAUUUGUUAGUAAGGAACUUGAUAUUGUUAUCAGUGGAUCAAAGGAUGGAACUUGUAUAUUUCAUACGUUGCGUGAGGGGACUUAUGUUCGAUCCAUUCGACAUCCAUCAGGUGCUGGCCUGUCAAAGCUGGUGGCAUCACAGCAUGGUAGGAUAGUAUUUUAUUCUGACAGUGAUCUCUCCUUGCAUAUGUAUUCCAUAAAUGGAAAACAUAUCGCUUCAUCAGAAUCCAAUGGCCGCCUGAAUUGCAUGGAACUAAGUUGUUGUGGAGAGUUUAUGGUAUGUGCUGGUGAUCAUGGACAAAUUGUUCUGCGGUCUAUGGAUUCUCUCGGAGUUGUUUGGAGGUAUGAUGGAUCUGGGAAGACAAUAACUUCUUUAGCUGUGACUCCCGAGGAGUGCUUUUUGGCUGGAACCAAGGAUGGCAGCUUGAUUGUAUUUUCAAUAGAAAACCCAUUACUUCGCAAAGGCGGCAUACAACGAAACAAAGUAAAAUCUUCUGUAGGUUAGUGGUGUGUGAUUAAGCAGCGCUCCUUGCUGCAAGUUCUGAACAAAGCUUGCAGAAUGCUCAAAUUGCGUAGUCAAUCUGCCCUUCGGGAUCUUUCCAGGGGAGGAGAUUGUUGUGAUGCUCGUCAAUGGGGGUCACCGGCAGUAAAUGUAAAAGAGAACAGUUUGUUGCUCUUCUGUACAUACAGCUUUAGAUUGAGGAGUUAGGAUUCUACAGGAUGCCUGAGCUGAUCAAGGUCCACAAGCAGAUAAUUCUUCUAACUGCAAAAUGGAUACGUGGUAACUAAUACCACAGUAGUUUCUCCUUUUGAUUUUCGAGAUGAGCUCGGAUACCGUGGUGCUGGACUGCUAGUUGCAUAGCUAGUGCAUGCGAGUGUAACAUAAUCUCGUGCGGUGUUCUUACAAGUUAGGGCGAGCAACUUCCUCUCCCAAUAGAAUUUAUCUGUAUGUAUUAGAUGCCAGUAUCCUGUAGUUACGAAAUCAUACAUUGUACAUGAAGCUCAUCUUCUGAGUGGGAAAGUAAGCGGCACGUGGUUGUGCCAUUAGUCUCU